AUGGCCGAAAACCAUCGCAUCGAGUAUGACUGGGUUAAGGGUGUGGAGUCACUUGAAAAAUACCAGCCUGGAGGUUAUCACCCCAUCAUGGUCGGAGACGUCCUACAAGACCGAUAUCAAAUCGUAGACAAGCUUGGUCAUGGAGGCUAUUCGACGGUUUGGCUUGCCCAGGACACUCAUAUUCAGUGA